AUGUAUCAUCUGCUGCUGAAGUCUGACAUUACUAAAUGUGGCAAGGCUCUAAUGCAUUAUGGCAAAGCAUAUUUUCACAGAUUAUGUUAUCAUUUUGCCCAAGACCUUUGGCCAGAGCAGAGCAUAAAAGAUUCCUUUCAAAAAGUGAUACUGAGAAGAUAUGAAAAAUGUGGACAUGACAAUUUACAGUUAAAAAAAGUCUGUGAAAGUGUGGAUGAGUGUAAGGUGCACAGAGGAGGUUAUAAUAGACUUAACCAGUGUUUGACAACUACCCAGAGAAAAAUAUUUCAAUGUGAUAAAUAUGGGAAAGUGUUUCAUAAAUUUUCAAAUUCAAACAGACGUAAGAGAAGACAUACUGAAAAAAACUUUGAAAUAUAUAGAAUGUGCAAAGCUUUUAACCAGUCCUCAACCCUUACUACACAUAAGAAAAUUCAUACUGGAGGGACACCCCACAAAUGUGAAGAAUGUGGCAAAGCUUUCAAGUGGUCCUCGUGCCUUUCUAGACAUAAGGUAAUUCAUACUAGAAAGAAACCCUACAGAUGUGAAGAAUGUGACAAAGCUUUCAAGUGGUCCUCAUGCCUUACUAGACAUAAGAUAAUUCAUACUGGAGAGAAACCCUACAAAUGUGAAGAAUGUGGCAAAGCCUUUAAGUACCCCUAUGCCGUUACUACACAUAAGAUAAUUCAUACUGGAGAGAAACCCUACAGAUGCAGAGAAUGUGACAAAGCUUUUAACCAUCCCGCAACCCUUUGUUCACAUACGAAAAUUCAUACUGGAGAGAAACCAUACAAGUGUGAUAAAUGUGGAAAAGCUUUUAUUUCAUCCUCAACCCUUACUAAACAUGAGAUGAUUCAUUUGGGAGAGAAACCCUACAAAUGUAAGGAAUGUGGCAAAGCCUUCAACCAUUCCUCACACCUUAAUAUACAUAAGAUAAUUCAUACUGGAGAGAAACCCUACAAAUGUGAUGAAUGUGGCAAAAUCUUUACAUUGUCCUCAAGCCUCUAUAAACAUAGGAGAACUCAUACUGGAGAGAAACCUUACAAAUGUGAAGAAUGUGGCAAAGCCUUUACUGCAUCCUCAACUCUACCUGAACAUAAGACUAUUCAUACUGGAGAGAAACCUUACAAAUGUAAAGAAUGUGACAAAGCUUUUAAUUGGUCCUCAGACCUUAAUAAACAUAAGAGAAUUCAUAUUGAACAGAAACCAAGAAUGUGACAA